AUGAGCGAACAAGCAGAGACAGCAAUCCAAAUUUGGAAGAUUCGCCGCUUGGUAAAGCAGUUGGUCAAUUGCCAUGGUAAUGGUACCUCAAUGAUUACAUUGAUUAUUCCUCCUCGUGAACAAAUUUCUCGAAUUAGCAGCAUGCUUGCGGAAGAAUAUGGUACCGCCUCAAACAUCAAGUCUCGUGUGAACAGACUUUCCGUUUUGUCUGCCAUUACUUCGACUCGUGAGCGUCUUAAGCUUUAUAACAAGGUUCCUCAAAAUGGUUUGGUUAUUUACUGUGGUGAAGUUAUGAUGGAAGGCAAUAAAACCAGAAAGCUUAACAUUGACUUUGAACCCUUUAAGCCCAUUAAUACCUCUCAAUACUUGUGUGACAAUAAGUUCCACACAGAAUCUCUUGCUGAAUUGUUGGAGACUGACCAACGCUUUGGUUUCAUUGUUAUGGAUGGUCAUCAAACUCUUUACGGUAUGGUUUCUGGUAGCGCCCGUGAAGUUUUACAAAAGUUCAGCGUUGAUUUGCCAAAGAAGCACGGCCGUGGUGGUCAGUCAGCUCUUCGUUUCGCUCGUCUUCGUGAAGAAAAGCGCCACAACUACGUUCGUAAGGUUGCUGAAAAUGCUGUUCAGCAUUUUAUCACAGAAGACAAGGCAAAUGUUGCUGGUCUUAUUCUUGCUGGUUCAGCUGAUUUCAAGACUGAACUUGGUCAAAGUGACUUGUUUGAUCAAAGACUUCAAAACAAAAUUAUCAGAACCGUUGACGUUUCCUACGGUGGUGAGGCUGGUUUCAACCAAGCCAUUGAAUUGUCUGCUGAUACCUUAGCCAACGUUAAGUUUGUUCAAGAAAAGAAGAUAAUUCAAAAAUUCUUUGACGAAAUUAGUUUGGAUACUGGCAAGUAUUGCUUUGGUGUUGUUGAUACUAUGAACGCCUUACAAGAAGGUGCCGUUGAAAUUCUUCUCAUUUAUGCUGACCUUGAUAUGACUCGCUACGAGUUCAAAAAUUCAGAGGGCAACACUGUUGUUAGUUACAUGACCAAAGAACAAGAAGAAGGCGACAAGACGAACUCUUACUUGCUUGACAAGGAAUCUGGUGGAGAAAUGGAAUUAGUGAAUACAAUGGCCUUGUCUGAAUGGCUCGCCGAACAUUACAAGGAUUAUGGUGCCAACUUGGAGUUCGUUUCUGACCGCUCUCAAGAAGGUAUGCAGUUCGUUAGGGGCUUUGGUGGUAUCGGUGCCAUCAUGCGUUAUCAACUUGAUCUUGCUAUGCUUGAUCCAGAAUCUGAUGAAUUCUAUUCUGAUUCUGAGUAA